AGCAUUACAAUUAACAAAUCACAAUAACUAAACAUAGAACACAGAUAGGUAUAAAUUAUAAUUGCGAGUUGUAAAUUUAAAUUAUUGUACUCCUAGAAAAUAUUAAUGAGUAACUAGUUACCGCGGUCGUGUUUAAAAUACUGGUGUACCAUGAAUGGCUGUCGACCCGACCCGACCCCUUUCACCACCAUUCGUUAUUUGCAAGUUACAAUCCGUUUUUCGUCUAGUCAUUUUUUUUUCAGCUGCGUUGUUUAAAUCUGGACUUUCUGUAUAUGACAUUUAUACAACGUAUUCUGAAUCUUAAUUUAUUUUUAUAACACUUUGGUAAUAAAAACAGUAAUAUAUUGUAUACCAGUAUCUGGUGUGAAAAAAUUAAAAACCAAAUAUGGACACUUCAGCCUUAGAUUCGAGUUAUGACUUUUUGAUUGAAGAUGAAACUAGUUUAGAGAUGAAUACCUGUAGUAUUUGCAAAAAUCCAUACAAGUGCCCAAGGGUUCUCAAUUGUUUGCAUGUAUUUUGUGAAAAAUGUAUCUUGCAACUCGUAAAUGUCAAUUCAAUGUUUAGUGUUCUCAAUAUUAUAUGCCCAACUUGCAGUCAAACUACAACUACUCAGUUAAAUCGCGGAACCUUGGUAUUGCCUCAAGAUUAUGUAACCAGAAAUAUUCUUGAAGUUGAAAUGAUAAAAAGUCGUAAACUGAUUUGUAAAUCUUGUAGAGAUAAUAAAGAGGCAACUUUCAAAUGUAUAACUUGCUGCAAUUUUUUAUGUUCAAGUUGUGAAAGUAUGCACAAGAUGCUUGUUACACCAGGGCAGUAUCAUUAUAUGGUAUCAAUUGAAGAAAUGAUUCAAAAUGCUCUGGAUAAAACUGCUCUUCAUAAAAUGGUAUUAUGUGAAAAACAUAACAAUGAACAAAUGGUGUAUUAUUGCAAUACUUGUAAUGAGUUGGCUUGUACUAAAUGUCUUAAUGUACCUACUCCACGAACAUGUCAACAUUCUUAUGAUAGUAUUUCAAAUGCUUAUAAAAAAUAUGGAACUGAAUUAGAGUUUUUAGUACGUGAAAGCAAGAAUGUUAUGAAAAAUGUUUCAACUUUACCGGCUACUUUGGAAAAAGCAUUGGAUAACCUACAAGCUUCUCAUGAUCAUAUAAAAUCAAAUGUGGAAGAAACUUUUCAAAGUUUUAAAGCUGUAUUAGAUUCUUGUAAGAAUGAGGUAUUAGUACAACUUAAAUCUGCCCAAAAACAACAAGAGUUAAAGAUCAUGGAUAAAUUUGAAGAAGUGAAGAAAAUUACUGAUAAUAUUGGUGGUGUCCAACAAUUUGCCACACGUCUUUUAGAAAAUGGAAGUGAAUCUGAAAUAAUGGCGUUAAAAAAAUUAAUUUUCACUCAGAUGUUGGAGUUAUUUAGUAAAAUACCUGAUGUAAAAGUAGAUGCAAAACUUUUGUAUACUCCUGAUGUUAAUGGUUUUGAAAAUCAUUGCCGUAAAUAUUUUGGUCAGAUCAUAACAGAACAAGGAAUGAAUGCUGCUAUUGGACCUAUCUCUCCUCCUACUCCUAGAACUAAUUUUUUAACAGAUCGUGUUUUUCCACCACCGAUAUCAACCUCAUUAGUUGAAUCGCAGAUGUUUGAUUUAAAUUUGGCUCGUUUAUGUUCAUUAAAUGUAGAUGAUAAUCCUAUUCUAUCAACUAUGUCACCACCUGAUUCUUUAGGUGAUUUAUUAAAUACACCUACAAGUUUGGAUAGUAGUUUUGCUUUAAAUAAUUUACAGGCACUUGCUAAACUUGAUAAUAUGAAUAUCAACAAUAAUAAUAAUAAUAUGCUUCAAAGCUUAAUGAGUCCAUUAGCUUUAAAUCAAUCUGGCCUCGACCCAUUUGCUGUAGGUAGUGUAUCAUCUUUAAGUUCUCCUACUACUACUUUAUCUCCUGAUAUUUAUGGUGUAGCUACUAACUCAAAUUGGUACAGUAAAGAACGAAGAGCUCCACCAACUCGACCAAAACGCCAUUCAAAUAGAUCUAGUAUGGAUAUAGUAGCAAAAUUUGGUAUUAUGGGUAAUGGUCUUGGGCAGUUUCAUUCACCACAUGGGUUUUGUCUUAGUCCUACGGAAGACAUUGUUGUUGCUGAUACUCACAAUCAUCGUAUUCAAGUAUUUGAAAAAGAUGGUACUUAUAAGACUGAAUUUGGCAAAGAAGGCAAAGAAGAUGGAUACUUAUUUUAUCCAAGAAAAGUAGUUUUUUUAAAUCAUAAUCAAAUUGUUGUUUGUGAUCGUGGUUCUGAUCGGUCUAGAGUUCAGAUAUUUGAGUACCCAACAGGAAAAUUUAUUAAAAAAAUUCAGGUUCAAUUUAUUGAAAUUGUAGCUGGAGUUGCUGUGACUGCACAUGGGCAUCUUGCUCUUGUUGAUAGUGUACACCCUACAGUAUUUGUUUUAAAUGUAAAUGAAGAUAAUGGCAUAAUGAAAUGGUUUAAUUGUGCUGCAUAUAUGGACGAACCAUCAGAUAUAAUUGUCAGAGAUGAAGAUUAUUAUGUGUGUGAUUUCAAAGGACAUUCAAUUGUAGUGUUUAACGAUGAAGGUGUAUGUUUACGAAGAAUUGGUGGAGAAUACAUUACUAGUUUUCCAAAUGGUAUAGAUAUUUCGGAAAAUGGAGAAAUAUUAGUAGGAGAUUCUCAUGGUAAUCGUUUCCAUGUUGCGGUUUUUUCUCAUGAUGGUACUCACUUAACUGAUAUGGAGUGUCCAUAUAUUAAAGUUUCUCGUUGUUGCGGAUUAAAAAUAACUAGUGAAGGCCAUAUUGUUACAUUAGCUAAAAACAAUCAUCAUGUUCUUGUCUUAAGUGCAACUGUGUGAUUCUAAAAAAUAAUUCAAACUCUUGAAAUGUAUUUGUUAACUUAAUUUUUCCUG